GCCGAGAGUACACCUUUUUGGGGUCUCGCCGUUUCCUUCAUUCUCCCCAAAGCCCCGGCCCGUUCAUGCAAAGGCCCCACAGCCUCCAGCAGGCACCCGCCUCUCUCCCAGGCCGGGAACCGCAGGUUAGGGCUGCGCCGAAGGAGCUGUCAGCAGACGGAGCUGGAAGAGGGCACAGCGCCUUGCACAUGUUAGGCCUCUGUACGUUGGAAUAAAUGAGCUGAUGAAUAAAUAAAGCCACGGAGAGCAAUGGCCUUGUUACGAAAAGAAAGAAACGGGGUGAGAGCUUUGUGGUCUUCAAGUUAUCUGGGAACAAAGCAGGCCAAGUUUGGGCACCGGAAGGAUCUACUGCUUUCAAGUGCUUGCUCUCAGCAAGGUUAUGUGCUGCUCUUCUGAGCAACAUCUCUGACUGUGAUGAAACGUUCAACUACUGGGAACCAACACACUACCUCAUCUACGGAAGGGAUUUCAGACUUGGAAUAUUCCCCAGUUUAUGCCAUUCGCUCUUAUGCUUACCUGUUGCUUCAUGCGUGGCCAGCUGCAUUCAUGCAAGAUUCUACAUACUAAUAAGAUUCUUGUCUUUUACUUUUUACGAUGUCUUCUGGCUUUUGUGAGCUGUAUCUGUGAACUUUACUUUUACAAGGCCGUGUGUAAGAAGUUUGGGUUGCAUGUGAGUCGAAUGAUGCUUGCCUUCUUGGUUCUCAGCACUGGCAUGUUCUGCUCAUCUUCAGCAUUUCUUCCUAGUAGUUUCUGUAUGUAUACUACAUUGAUAGCCAUGACUGGCUGGUAUAUGGACAAAACUUCCAUUGCUGUGCUUGGAGUAGCAGCUGGGGCUAUCAUUGGCUGGCCAUUCAGUGUGGCUCUUGGUUUACCUAUUGCCUUUGACUUGCUGGUCAUGAAGCACAGGUGGAAGAGUUUCCUCCAUUGGUCGCUGGUGGCUUUAAUACUCUUUCUGGUGCCUGUGGUGGUCAUCGACAGCUACUAUUAUGGGAAGUUGGUGAUUGCACCACUCAACAUUGUUUUGUAUAAUGUCUUUACUCCACAUGGACCUGAUCUUUAUGGUACAGAACCGUGGCAUUUCUAUUUAAUUAAUGGAUUUCUGAAUUUUAAUGUUGUCUUUGCUUUGGCUCUCCUGGUCUUACCACUGACUUCUCUUAUGGAAUACCUACUGCAGAGAUUUCAUGUUCAGAAUUUAGGCCACCCAUAUUGGCUUACCUUGGCUCCAAUGUAUAUUUGGUUUAUAAUUUUCUUCACCCAGCCUCACAAAGAAGAGCGAUUUCUUUUCCCUGUAUAUCCACUUAUAUGUCUCUGUGGUGCUGUGGCCCUUUCUGCACUUCAGAAAUGCUACCACUUCGUGUUUCAGCGGUACCGCCUAGAGCAUUACACUGUGACCUCAAAUUGGCUGGCGUUAGGAACACUCUUCCUGUUUGGACUCUUAUCCUUUUCUCGCUCUGUAGCCCUGUUCAGAGGGUAUCAUGGGCCCCUUGAUUUGUAUCCAGAAUUUUACCGAAUUGCUACCGACCCAACCAUCCACACUGUCCCAGAAGGCCGACCUGUUAACGUCUGUGUAGGAAAAGAGUGGUAUCGGUUUCCUAGCAGCUUCCUUCUGCCCGAUAAUUGGCAACUUCAAUUCAUUCCAUCAGAGUUCAGGGGUCAGUUACCAAAACCUUUUGCGGAGGGACCACUGGCCACCCGGCUUGUUCCUACUGACAUGAACGACCAGAACCUAGAGGAGCCAUCCAGAUAUAUUGACAUCAGUAAAUGCCAUUAUUUAGUGGAUUUGGACACCAUGAGAGAAACACCCCGGGAGCCAAAGUAUUCAUCUAACAGGGAAGAAUGGAUCAGCCUGGCCUACAGACCGUUCCUUGAUGCUUCCAGAUCUUCAAAGCUGCUGCGGGCAUUUUAUGUCCCUUUCCUGUCAGAUCAGUAUACAGUGUAUGCAAACUACACAAUCCUCAAACCCCGGAAAGCAAAGCAAAUCAGGAAGAAAAGCGGAGGUUAGCAACACGUGUGCCUGUGGUCCCAGCGGACAGCCAUCCUGUUCUAGUGGUUCCACUGGCAGGACUCCUUCCCAGUCAUCACUUGUAACGUUGUAAUAAAGGCCUCCUGACACAAAUCCUGGAAUCUGGGUGCUUUGGGCUGGUCAGUCACCCACAUUCACUUCUUGCCUGGGUGUCUGUUCUGCAUGUAACCUUUUGGCAGCUGGGCAGAGAAAGGCCCUAAGUCCAGGUAGAUAGAGUGUUCCACAUCUCAUUGUUUUUCUUCUGUUUAAUUAUUCACUAGACCGGAGAAGAGCAGAAUCAACCCAUAGGAAGAAUUGAAAGUCUCUGAACUGGGUGGCUGUGUCAAGCUGUUCUCCACUCUCUGGCCUGGCACCUGAGAACUAGCUCGCCUCUCCUGGGCCGUAUGGGCCUCUCCACCAAAGCUGUAUGGCAGCUUCUCGCAGACCUUCUUGUUCAAACCCUAGUGCUGAGAAUGAGCACAGCCCAGUCGCCAACCUACAUGUCCUUUCCCCUCAGCAAGACUAAGUUUCUCUAAAGCGCUUCACAGGACGAGGCCUGUCCUGGAGGUACCUCAGGAAAAAGGCAACGAUGUGAGGAACUGUGGCCAAACUUCAUUAUGUAGAAUGCCACUUACUCUCAUUUUAUUUCCUUUACAACGAACUGUAACUAUGUGGAUUGUUUUUUAAGUGUUAGCAUGCUAUUUCUUGAACUCAAGACUUCCCUGUGUAAAGUUAUUAAUAGAACAGUAUACAGUGUAUGCAAACUACACAAUCCUCAAACCCCGGAAAGCAAAGCAAAGCAAAUCAGGAAGAAAAGUGGAGAUUAGCAACACGUGCACAGGACAUAUUUGGAGGAAAUUAAUUCUAUCAAUUGGUAGAGUUGGAUAAUAUCACAUUUUUAAGUAAUGUAUUCUGUGGCCAUUUCUGAGGAAAUUAAGAAUUUCCCUUUUUUAAACAACCCUAGUGAAAAAGACCAGUGUAUAUUUAUAGCAACUAUUUUUGAGUCUGUACAUUGCAAAGCACAUCCUGCAUGGGGCGCUUCUCAUCAGAUAGGCAAUUACAAUGACCUAAUAUUUUAAUAAGUGUGUACUCUCUUUCCCUUUACAUACAUUCCCUUUACAUACAUUAUUUCAUAGUUUAUAAAGCAUUUUGCACUAUCUCAUUUGAUCCUCAGUCACAAUGUGAAGUAGAUAAGGCAAGUGUUUUUAUACCCAUUGUACAGAUUAAGAAACUGAGAUUACUGUGGAAGGUAAAGUGACUUGCCCAAGGUCACAUAGCCAGUAAGUAAUAGCACCAGGACCAGAACCUACGUUGCCCAGCUUCUCAUCUAGUACUCUUCCAUAUUUCCUCACUUGACUAUGAAAACAGUACUUGAAAGAAUGAUGAGGUUGUUCAGAGACGAGAUUGAUAAUCUGACUUUCUGUUUUAAUGAAGAAUUUUAUCUGUUUUUUCUUUGAGUUCUCCGGAGCCUCCACUGUCUGUUGGUUAGACUCUCAUCACAGCAGUGCUUCGUGGUCCCGCCUGGCCGGUGGCAGGAACACGGUGCUCAUGUUUGGAAGUCAUGCUCCUUUGUAGCCAAGCAGGAUCCAGCAGUAGUUCAUUUCUAGUCCAUCUGAGUCACAGCAUAGGUGCCUUAUUUCCCCAAGGGUAGUUGUGUCUGGUAUCUGCAAAUCGGUUGAAUCUAUUUUUCGGAGUUUCCAUCUUUCAUUUUUCAAAGAGAAGGGCUUUCCAUAGGAACUGAUCCCAAGAGAGGAGAAAAGAAAUGAUAAGGGAAGGAAUGGAUAGUGGCCAUAUGAAGGUCUCCCCUCUGAAGGAAGAUUGGGACCCAGUGGAAGCACUGGAGAGGCAACAGGUCUGGGCAAUAGAGGGUAACUGGAAAGUGAAGAUAAACUGGGGUCCCACUUGCUGCUUUAAAGACUUCUGCCAUUUAAUUCUCAAUCCUUGAUGACUUUUUCCAAAUAUUGGCACAUUUGGUCUGACUACAGGAUAGAGAAUUUUCACUGAAAUAUCUUGCCAUACCUGCAUUAAUAGUGCAGUGAGCUGCUAAAGCCCUUUCCUUUUUGCAGAGGUGAAUAGGAGAGUUCCGAAAGGGAGGCCCACGAUGAGUGCUUUUUCUGAUUGCAGUGGCACAACGCUGAUCUAUUUGAUCAUCUUGCAUGUGGGAAAUAAAAAGCCUUCUGAGCAGGAACUUACUAUAAUAUAGCACAAACAAAGGUCGUGAUUGAGCCAGGGAUUCCUGGGGAAUAUCAGUUCCUGUUCCUUUUAAAACCUGAUUUUGGUUUUCUCUGUUCUACGUAUAUCUUUAAUGAGAGCACAAUAAACUGCAGGACACUGUGCCAAAUGCUAUAGGUCAGGGUAGAAAAAAAUGAAUGUUUUUUGUUAUGAAGGCAUUGUUCAUGUGAUAUUUAUAUAAACACAUUUAUAAAUCUCCAUCUCAGCAGUACAGGGGGGUUAGCUUGCUGGGGAAAAGUUUCAAACACCUGGUCAGAGUAACAUUUCUCCUCUAGAGAAUCAGUGUUCAGCAUGAGCUGUCCCUCUGCCCAUUAUAAGAGUGAAGUGUCUGAGGUACUUAUUUCUCCAUAGAUUGUGCAAUAUCAAGGAAUGAAGGACUAUAGAUUGUUUGUAAUAGCCUUUGAUUAUGGAGCUGAGUGCGGGAGUGGGUGUACUUGGCAAUACCAGGACUCUGAUCUCUGAUCUCUGAAGCAGCCGGAUCUGAACGCCGCAUCUUACAACACUGAGUCCCAUUGCUGAACCAAACUGUGUAAUAGGCAUCUAUUGCCAAAGUUUACCUGUCACUGGGUAGUUGUCAUCUGAUAAGAAAGAAGACUGGUAAUUUUACUUAUUUUUUUAUUUUUUAUUAUUUGAGAGAGAGAGACAUUGAUUUUUUUGUUCCACUAAUUUAUGCAUUCAUUGUAUGUUCACUGACCAAGGAUUGAACCCCCAACCUUGGCAUAUUGGGACGAUGCUCUAACCAACUGAACUACCCAGCCAGAGGAAGACUGGUCAUUUUAAUCUCUUGGGAUAAUCACAGAAAAUUGAAGCCCAUACUCUUUAUUAUUGAACUCAAGUUUAGAAACAUUGUUUUAAAUCAAGGUGGUUCUUGAUCCCAACCAUUUAUUUGGGUCGUUUUGUUGUUGUUUUUAUUUGUUUGUUUGUUUUAGUUUGGAGUUCUUGGAAAGAACCUUGAAAACUCCAUGUGGUUCUGCAACAUUAGAUCUGGAGUGACCAUUUGGGCAAAGCACCAAUGGCAGUCCUUGAUCGUGUUUUGCAUUUCCUGGGGUUUAUUGAAAUAAGAACUCACUGUGAUUGUGCUGCCUUCUGGGCAGUGCCAGGCAGCUCUGCUUUUAAUUGGGUUAAUUUUAUUUUCUCUGGAGAAGGAAAAGAGGCACAAUUUCAUCUAUGCCUGCACAGGCACAUUAAAGCUCAUGUGUUAAUUCAUUCUUACGCUCCUACAUUAAAUUACAUGCCUUGGUAAGUCAGUAAAUGGACAUGUGUUCAGCUUUAAUUUUUUUGCAAGAGAAAGAUCAGACUUCCGUAUGGCAUUGUUGUAUUUCAGAGGCUCUCUGGUGUUUCAAUAAAUCUAAGUGAAUGUUGCCUUCAA